UGCAUUACAUGCGCAUGCGUAAUUGACGCAGACCUACGUACAUACAAACAAUAAGUUAGCCUGGGCCUCUAGGCUAGUCGACAAGGUUUUUAUAAUUUUAGAUACGCCGUUACAGACAUUUAAUGGCGAAUGUUGUGGAAGGUGAUAUAGAAAUUCCCCAGCCAACACUUGGAAAAAUGUCUAUUCAACUCUCCAAUGCUGGUGUUCGAGAGUGGGUUCAAAGUCGACGGGACUCCAUUCAACCAUGGCAGAAAUUUCUAAAUUUCAACAAAUUUGGAAAACCAAAAGACGGCAAAGAGUUGAUGAAGCGUGUUGCCCACAACCUCUCUCUCUACCAGAGUAAUUAUUUAUUUGUGUUCAUAGGCCUUGCUAUCUAUUGCUUAUUGACAACACCUUUGCUUGUGGUCGCCAUUGGGAUUCUAUUUGCUGCUUGGUACAUAGUCCACUCUAAAUUUGGAGGCAAGAAGAUCAAAGUCAUGGGUCAUGAACUGACAAUGGCACAGCAGUAUGGCUUACUAUCAACUCUUUCAUUACCACUGUUCUUUUUGGCAGGUGGUACAUCAGCUAUAUUUUGGGUUUUAG